ACGAAUGCCUGCCUCCUCCAUGUCAACACGGUGGCACGUGCACAGACGCUGUUGACGGAUACCAGUGCACGUGUGCUGAUGGUUAUGAAGGAGUAGACUGUGAAACUAAUAUUGACGAGUGUGCCACAAAUACGUGUCAGAACAGCGGCACGUGUGUGGACGGUGUUGACGCGUUUACGUGCGAGUGUAUGGAUGGAUUUUCUGGGACGUUCUGUCAAAUUGAUGACGACGAUUGUAGUAUCGCACGGGUGUGUGAACGGCGCGGCGUGUGUCGAUGAAACAAACGGUUACUCGUGCACGUGUUCUAGCGGAUUCAGCGGGGAUUUCUGUGAAACAAAUGAUAAUGACUGCUUAAUUAACCCGUGCCAGAAUGGUGGCGCAUGCGCAGACGGGAUCAACACAUACACCUGCUCAUGUAUCCCGGGUUACACAGGAACUAACUGUGAAACAAAUAUUAAUGACUGCACCCCUAAUCCAUGUGAGAACGGUGCGUGCACCGACCUGGUCUUCGAUUUCUCGUGCGCCUGUACAGCUGGUUACACUGGCAAAACGUGCAAUGUCGAUAUUAACGAAUGCCUGCCUCCUCCAUGUAAAAACGGCGGCACGUGCACAGACCUUGUUGAUGGACACUUUUGCACGUGCAAUGAUGGAUUUGAUGGGGACAACUGUGAAAAUGAUAUUGACGAGUGUGCCACAAAUACGUGUCAGAACAGCGGCACGUGUGUGGACGGUGUCGACGCGUUUACGUGCGAGUGUGUAGAUGGAUAUUCUGGAACGUUCUGUCAAAUUGACGACAAUGACUGUUCAACAAACCCGUGUCAGAAUGGUGGCGCAUGCGCAGACGGGAUCAACACGUACACAUGCACGUGUAUCCCGGGUUACACAGGAACUAACUGUGAAACAGAUAUUAAUGACUGCAGCCCUAAUCCAUGUGAGAACGGUGCUUGCAGCGACCUAGUCUUCGAUUUCACGUGCGCCUGUACAGCUGGUUAUACUGGAAAAAUCUUGCAAUAUAUCAACGACUGUCUACCUCCCCCAUGUAAGCACGGUGGCACGUGCUCAGACAUUGUGAACGGAUACUUUUGCACGUGUGCUGAUGGCUAUGAAGGAGUUAACUGUGAAAAUGAUAUUGAUGAUUGUGCCAACAAUCCGUGUCAGAACAGCGGCACGUGUGUGGACGGUGUCGACGCGUUUACGUGCGAGUGUGUGGAUGGAUAUUCUGGGACGUUCUGUCAAAUUGACGAUAAUAACUGCUCUCCAAAUCCGUGCGUAAAUGGUGGCGCAUGCGCAAACGGGAUCAACACAUAUACAUGCACGUGUAUCUCGGGUUACACAGGAACUAACUGUGAAACAGAUAUUAAUGACUGCAGCCCUAAUCCAUGUGAGAACGGUGCUUGCACGGACCUGGUCUUUGAUUUCACGUGCGCUUGUACAGCUGGUUACACUGGCAAAACCUGCAAUGUCGAUAUUGACGGCUGCCUGCCUCCUCCGUGUAAACACGGCGGCACGUGCACAGACAUCGUGAACGGAUACCAGUGCACGUGUGCUGAUGGUUAUGAAGGAGUAAACUGUGAAACUAAUAUUGACGAGUGUGCCACAAAUCCUUGUCAGAACAGCGGCACGUGUGUGGAUGGUGUCAACGCGUUUACGUGCGAGUGUGAAGAUGGAUUUUCUGGAACGUUCUGUCAAAGUGACGACAAUGAAUGCUCUCCAAACCCGUGCCAGAAUGGUGGCGCAUGCGCAGACGGUAUCAACACAUACACAUGCACGUGUAUCUCGGGUUACACAGGAACUAAUUGUGAAACAAAUAUUAAUGACUGCAGCCCUAAUCCAUGUGAGAACGGUGCUUGCACCGACCUGGUCUUCGAUUUUUCGUGCGCCUGUACAGCUGGUUACACUGGAAAAACGUGCAAUGUCGAUAUCAACGACUGCCUCCCUCCUCCAUGCAAACACGGUGGCACAUGCACAGACAUUGUGAACGGAUACUACUGCACGUGUGCUGAUGGUUUUGAAGGAGACACUUGCGAAACUAAUAUCAACGAAUGUCUGCCCAAUGUUUGUAAAAAUGGAGCCACGUGUGUGGAUCAAGUGAAUUCAUACACCUGCCAGUGUAUGGACGGUUAUGACGGGACAUACUGUGAACAAAACAUUGACGAGUGUGCGGCUAACUCAUGUCAGAAUGGCGCAUUGUGUGUGGACCAGGUUAAUGGCUACGUCUGUAUAUGCCUGGAUGGUUAUACAGGGACUUACUGUCAAACAGAUAUCAACGAUUGUUCCCCGAAUCCUUGCCAGAAUGAGGGUUCCUGUACGGACAAAGUGAACGGCUUCGAAUGUUCGUGUACGAACGGACACACGGGGGCAACUUGUAGAACAAGUCUGCUUGGCGACACAUGCUCUGCAAAUUCGGGCAUCUGUGCGAAUAUUGUGUUCGGAGAAUGUAGCGGCACAGAAUGUGUGUGUCAGUCCGGGUACUAUAAGACUGGACCAAUCACGUGCAGCCCCGUAGACUGCGGGCCACUGUCAUCCCCAGAUAACGGCGCUGUUGAUCAGACCGGUGGCACAACGUACACAAAGAUCGCACUUUUCUCGUGCAAUACGGGAUAUGCGCGGAUCGGUGUCGCCUCUGUCACGUGCCAGAGCAAUAUCACGUGGAGCGGCACCACGCCCGUUUGUGAAGAUAUUGACGACUGCCUGCCUUCUCCAUGUAUUAACGGUGGCGUGUGCACAGACAUUGUAGGCGGAUACACCUGCGCGUGUGCUGAUGGCUUUGAUGGAGACAACUGUGAAAAUGAUAUCAACGAAUGUCUAUCCAAUCUAUGUAAGAAUGGAGCCACGUGUGUCGAUGAAGUGAACUCAUACACCUGCCAGUGUGUGGACGGCUAUGAUGGGACAUUCUGUGAACAAAACAUUGACGAUUGUGUGACUAACUCGUGUCUGAACGAGGCUUCGUGUGUGGACGAGAUAAAUGGCUACGUGUGUAUCUGCCUGGAUGGUUAUACAGGGACUUACUGCCAAACAGAUAUUAACGAGUGUUCUUCGAAUCCUUGCCUGAAUGGGGGUUCCUGUACGGACAGGGUGAACAGCUUCGAGUGUUUGUGUACGGACGGACAUACCGGCGACACAUGUAGAACUAGUCAGCUUGGCGACACAUGCUCGGGAGAUUCGGGCGUCUGUGCGAAUAUUGUAUUAGGGGAAUGUAGCGGUAUCGAAUGUGUCUGUCAGUCUGGACACUACAAGACUGGACCCGCCACGUGCAGCCCCAUAGACUGCGGGACACUGUCAUCCCCGAAUAACGGCGCUGUUGACCAGACCGACUGGCACGACGGUUACGAAGAUCGCAGUUUUCUCGUGCAAUACGGGAUACGCGCUGAACGGUGACGCCUCUGUCACGUGCCAGAGCGAUGGUUCGUGGAGCAGCACGGCGACCGUUUGUGAAGAGGUGGACGAGUGUGCCUCGAAUCCUUGCAAAAAUGGCGGCACAUGUAAUGACAUGUUGAACGGUUACACGUGCACGUGCUUGAGUGGGUUCGGAGGCACCCUGUGUGGUCCAGAUUGUGGAGUGCCGGUGUCCAUCGCAAACGGCGACGUCAGCUAUCCCGACGUAACGCUAAGUAGGUGCAACGGCGACGUAUUCAUGUACUCAAGGGUAUACGUUAAGUGGCUCUGCGACCAGCGUUUGUCAGACGGACGGGACGUGGUCAGACCACGGUGUUUGCUUUGUGGUGGGUGUUAUCUACGACGAGAUCUGUCGCGUGACGGCACAGUGCGUCACCGCAGACGCCACAUGUCGUAACGACGGCCUCGGCUCCCUCCGGUGCCUGUGCGCAGUUUCCGGUGAAUUCUAUGACCCGGAUAUAGAUGGAUGUCUCUUAGAUUGUGGUACCCUGACCAACCCAACCAACGGG